AUGCAUUUCACUGCCAUUACUAUCCUUUCCCUCGCUGCUGCUGCCUUUGCAGCUCCCGGGGAUCGUGGCCAUUACACCGUCUCUGGCCUGGGUGCUCGCAAGCAAGCUAUCUUGAACGCCGGUGGAAACACUCUGGAUAUCGCCAUUGCUAUGCUCGAGGACGAGCACAUGCAAACCAACUACAAGUACGGUGAUGGCAAGACCGGUGAUGCCGCCAAUUUUGGCCUCUUCAAGGUUAACUGGGGUAUGCUCCGCGUCUGCGCCUCUCGCGCUGGGUUCGUGGGUCAGAGCGAAAGCCAGUGGAACAACGGUGCUAAGUUGAACUCCGAUAUCUAUGCCGACGUGGCCAGCCGAUGGGACUGCCAGAAUCAUUAUGGUUAUAACAUGUGGUUUGCUGGCCACCGUAACGGUGCUACCGGCUUGAGCAAUCCCAACACCGAAGAUAUCAAGUUCUAUCGCGAGUCUGUUGAGUGGAUUCAGAGCCAAAUCGACUCUGACGCCAAGUACAAGUCUGACGACACCCGCUUCUGGGUUGAUGUCACUCCCAUCUGA